GAGAGAGAAAUGUCGAAACUAAGAUUCACAAAAAAAAGUAAAAAAGUAAAAAAUAAAACAAAAUAAGACAAAAAUAUACCCUGGGAUACGUAUGAGGGUAAAUUGUGAGGGCGGUGAGCUUGAGCGAGGGUGGUUACAGGAGCCUGUACGGAGGUCUGUCCGCGGGACUCCAGAGACAGAUGUGUUUCGCCAGCAUACGGUUGGGCCUCUACGACGGUGUGAAGUCACGCUACGCUGGAAUCAUCGACGGUAAUAACAGGAGCGGAUCGAAGAACGUUUCCGUACGAAUCGCCGCCGGGAUCACAACCGGCGCAAUGGCGGUGCUUUUUGCUCAGCCGACCGAUGUCGUCAAGGUCCGUCUGCAGGCUGGUAGCAACGGACGAUCAGCGGUGAGGUACAGCUCGACCCUGCAGGCGUACAAGAAUAUCGCUGCCGAGGAAGGGACCCGAGGCCUUUGGAAAGGUGCGUCAAUUAUUCCAAGUUCGCAGUUUCCUUUUGUUGAAGCAAGAAGUAAUUUCUUGAGUAUUGGAAAGCCUCCGCAUCCUGAAAUGCAGGCUUUCCAUAUACCUGAGAGUACACAGGUAUAAAAACACGCAUUGUCG